AUGGAGCCAGGUGCCUGGGAAAACAGGACAACUGUCACUGAAUUCAUCCUUCUUGGCCUAACAGGAAAUGUAAGGCUACAACUUGUCCUUUUUGUUGUCUUCUUCUUUGCCUAUAUUGUCACAGUUGGGGGUAACUUUAGCAUCUUGGCUGCCAUCUUUGUGGAACCCAAACUCCACACUCCUAUGUACUACUUCCUGGGGAAUCUAUCUCUGUUGGACAGGUGCAUCAGUGUCACUGUUCCUCCAAUGCUGGCCUGUCUCCUGGCUCACCAAUGCAUAGUUCCCUACACUGCCUGCAUUUCACAGCUCUUCUUCUUCCACCUACUGGCAGGCGUUGACUGUCAUCUCUUGACAGCCAUGGCCUAUGACCGCUACCUGGCCAUCUGCCAGCCCCUCACCUAUAGCACCCGUAUGAGCCGUGAAGUACAGGGCACACUGGUGGGCAUUUGCUGUACCAUCUCCUUCAUUAAUGCUCUGACUCACACAGUGGCUGUGUCAGUGCUGGACUUCUGUGGCCCUAAUGUGGUCAACCACUUCUACUGUGACCUACCACCCCUUUUCCAGCUCUCCUGCUCCAGCAUCUACCUCAAUGGGCAGCUGCUUUUCGUUGGAGCCACUUUCAUGGGAGUAGUCCCCAUGAUCCUUAUCUCAGUGUCUUAUGCCCACGUGGCAGCUGCAGUACUAAGGAUCCGCUCUGCAGAGGGGAGAAAGAAAGCAUUUUCCACAUGUGGCUCCCACCUCACUGUGGUCUGUAUCUUUUAUGGAACUGGCUUCUUUAGUUACAUGCGUCUAGGUUCUGUCUCAGCCUCAGACAAGGACAAGGGCAUUGGGAUCUUCAAUACUAUCCUCAAUCCCAUGCUUAACCCGGUUAUCUACAGCCUUCGGAACCCAGAUGUACAAGGUGCUCUGAAGAGGGUGCUGACAGGAAAGAGGCAUCUGGUGUGA